GUAUGAGGUUAGAUGCAGCAGAGAGGGGAGAGGGAGCAGAUAGAGGGAGAGAUAAAGAGAGAGAAAGUGAGUGUUUGCAUGUGUGUGAGAGAGCGGGGGGAGCAAAGAGGAAAAGAGAGAGAGAGAGAGAGAGAGAGAGAGAGAGAGAGCGCAAACACAAGGAUAGCAGGCUUGACAUAUACAUAUUCGCAGUGAACAAACAGAAAUCCCAAUGCCAGAGAAAGACAGACGAAGCCAGUGAGAGAAGAAGGUCACCUCUAGAGCAGUGAAGGAACGGGGGGUCAUACCUGAAGACUGAACUUUGUAAGUCUGGAAUGGGAAAUCAGGAGGUCCUACUUUAAACAGAAGAAGACAUUUUGAUGCCACACCAUUGAAAGACGACCAGGGAACACACAGCAUUACUGAGGGUCACGAUGGAGGAACUCUCCGAAAAAGAUAAAGGUCUGAUUCGGGACAGCUGGGAGAGUCUGGGGAAGAACAAGGUGCCACAUGGAAUUGUUAUGUUCACGAGGUUAUUUGAGCUGGAUCCAGCACUGCUUACUCUCUUCAACUACAGCACAAACUGUGGCGUCGCACCUGAAUGCCUCUCCAGCCCAGAGUUCCUCGAGCACGUCACCAAGGUGAUGUUAGUGAUCGAUGCUGCUGUGAGCCAUCUUGAUGACCUACAUUCAUUGGAGGACUUCUUGUUGAACCUGGGCAAGAAGCACCAGACAGUUGGGGUGAAGACUCAGUCCUUCACUUUGGUUGGAGAGUCCCUGCUUUAUAUGCUUCAGUCCAGCCUGGGUCCGGCCUACACGACACCGCUGCGCCAGGCUUGGCUCAACUUGUACAGCAUUGUGGUAUCAGCCAUGACCAGAGGCUGGGCCAAGAAUGGUGAACAUAAGUCCAACUGAGAAGGAGGUAGAUGUGAGAUUCAGACUGGAACACCCUUGAGGUCACACAAACUUCUCAAAAAUCCUUUCGAAGAGUGAGGGGCUGGGAUAUGGGACCACCAUUGUGAAAAUCAGUUCAGUUGUAUUUUGGCUUACUGAACGAUCCUAACUUUGGUAGCUUGGUUUAACUGUAGACUAAGAUUGUAGAUGGGGUUGAGGUGGAGCUUAUUGCAGGACAUAGACCAUUUUUGGUUGAAACUUCAAAAGCAAAAUUUGCUUUGUACAUACAGUAAUGACUAAGUACAUAUAUUAAUGACUUAAUGUAUUUCCUCAAACUAUCUUAAAUGACUGUCUCGAUGUGUUGAUGUUUCAUGUGAGCGUAAAACAGAGGUUUGACUAUGCACAUGUGAGCUUGGUCAACUCGAAAAAGUUUUAUUCUGAUGCCUCUCGGAAUCAAUUUAGAUAAAGGCCUUUAAAGCCACUACAAUUUUAACCCUAAAUGACACAGAAUUAAUUCUAUACUCUUGCCUGUGCUGUGUUAGUUAAAGUCUACUGUAAGUUUAGUGAUGUUCAGUAAGUUAUCUGAGCAUGAACACGAUGAUAGUGUCCAAAUGAUAGUGUCAAAGACAAUAAGCAAUCAAUAGCCAUGAUUAUUUUUGUAUUUAAUUUUUUGAAGCCAUCCAAAUGUUCAACGUGAAAUGUUUCGUUUGCCACCAUUUUUCAACCAUUAACUAUGGUUUUUUAUGGUAUUUCUGGUAUUUCUGGCGAUGAAAGUAAAUGACGAGAACUGUUACAUCUGAAAUAGCUUUUGGAAUUUUUAGACUGUUAAUUUAUGGAACCUGUGCCAUGUCAUAAGUUUACAUUUCCAUUGUAUGGGAUUACACUCGACGCACUCUACUCCAAGACUUACUUACGAAAGACUUGUGUAGACUGUUACUUCACAAAAAGUGACUGUUAUAUCAUAGUGACUAGUUGAUUUGUUCAUCUAUUUACAAUAGUCUAAAAAUGUUUAUGCUAAAUGACCCGGAAUGGGUGUUAGUGAUGAAUAAGAAUUUUAUUUCACGUUUUUUUGUAAAUUUGUUAUUUUUGGAAAAUAGUAAAUUGCAUUCGUUGGCUUAUUACAACCUUCUACGUUAAGAAAAUACACACUCUUAUCUAAGAUAAGAAUAUUUGUUGCCAUAAUUAUGAGCUAUAGAAAAACGCUAAAAGCGAUGAUAACCUUUUUGCUGCUAUUCAAUAGCUUUGUAGAAAUGUUGUUCUCUUUAUAUGAGAGAUAUUUCUACAUUUAAAUGGGUCGUGCCAAGUCUUUUAAAGUGCGUAGAGCUGUCACAUAUAUUGAAACUGCUGGUAUGUUACACUUUACAUGUUAGCUUAUAGGACAAUACCUACUUUAGGUAUAUAGCCUUUUCUGUAUAUUUAGGUGUAUGUGGAUUGAUUAUUUAAUUUUAUGUAUUGCUCAAUGGUGCACUAUAUAUUUUUUUUUGCGUAAAAUAUAUAGAUUUUAUUUUCUCUCUUUAAGACUGUUUUACAUAUGUGCCAUCUAAUGGCUUUCCAAUAACAUUAAGAUGUCUGUCUUUAUGUAAUGAUUAGCUUGUUAGUAUUGAAAACCUUUUACGAAGGUGCAAUGGUUACAACAUUUUCAAGUGAAAGUGUUCCUUUGUUUAUUGACCAUUGAAGUGUCGUGUGUGUGUUGUAUUGGCUUCUGUGCUUUUUCUCCUGAUAUUCUGUGACUGGAUUGUCUCAAUGUCUACCUCACUGAAGCAGCUGAUAUUAAACAGCGAUGUUAUGACCUGGCUCCCCAGUAACCAAAAAGUUAUAUUUCAGUUAUACUGUACAUCCUACUGUAUAUCCUCUGCCAGUCACCGAUCAAACUAGAUUCAGGAUCAGUCAAGGCUCUAUGUAAACAUGUGUUGGAAGCUUAUUUGUACUAAAUGACAGAAAUAAAUAAGAUCCUGCUCUCUUGAUCUCUUCUGGAAAUUAGUGAAUCGAGUUUGAUGGUGUGAACUAUGUGAUUGCGGAAUAACAACGUUAAACAAAAAUAAUUUUUUCAUUUUUCAUUUGCAGAGUUAAAUCUAAAUCAGUUCAUGUAACAAAGUUCAAUUAUAUUCCAUUAAUUAUAUCAGCUCUAUGUCAUGAGGACCCUGUCUCUUGAAGAUUAUCCUUAUAUAACACUGGCACACUGGCUUGAAGAAAAAAGAAACAGCAUUUGUCUUAUGUUAUUGCUCACAAUGUCCCAGAUCUACUAAUCAGGAGGUUAUGAAGAAAUACUCUUCACGCCUUUGCACUCUCUGAUGUGACAUUGUCAGAGUGGAUAAGAUGGAGGAAAACUCCAGAAGCGAGAGCUGCUCACUGGGUUUGUGGAUUCAAUUACACUGCAUUAUUGUAAAUGUCUUGAAGGUUGACUGUCAAGCCUAGGCACAUUCUGCCUCACUUAUAAGAAGAAAAAUACGCCUCCACAAAUAUUAGUGUCUAUCCACCACUGCUAUAUAAAUGUUUUUGUUUGUGGAAUUUAUGAGGUUCCUAUUUGAAAUUUAUAUGAUUCCAAAUGUACAAUUAUGAAUAUUUCUAAGAAUACCAAAGAAUAGAAGCCACAAAUACUUGUUCUAUAUCUGCCCCAAAAGCUAAAUAAAGUGUCAAAUUGAGAGACAGUGAGAGACUGGGAGAGAGACAGGGAUAAUAAUAAAAGGCGCAAUAAUAAUACAAACAAUACAGACUAGAGAUCAUUAUUUUUAGAAAGUCUGCAAUGUGUUGGAUGCAGGGCAUUGGAAGUCACCAUGGCAACCAAGACAAGCACAUUGAGAGAGUGUGUGGAGAGUUUGUAUUUUGAGACUCAGACAGUAGAGAAGAGUUGAGGACCAGAGAGUCCUGGACUGGGACUUUGGGAUCUUUUUAAGUGUUGACUGCAUUGAGUUCUCAUUUCCUUGUCACAGUGUUCUGGUUUAUUCAAAAUAUAUUAAAAAAUUACAAAUCUACAGUAUCUGCACAAUAUCUGGCCAAUUGAAAUCCAUAUUUGGUUACACUUUAGUUUAGGCACCAUUUCUCAAUUUUAACUUAUUAACUUUUGCCUAAAAAAACAAAAAUCAUAAUUUUCUGCUUAUUAAAAGUUAAUUGUUAGGUUUAGGAAUGGGAUAGGAUUCAGAGAUAUAAUAUAUGUUCAUGCAAAAUAAGGUAUUAAUAUGUGCUUUACUAAUAAACAUGCAAAAUGCUAGUAAUAUGCAUGCUAAAAAUCAACUAGUCAAUAGUGAGAAUUGGUCCCUAAACUAUUUUAUAUAACUAACAAUAUAUGUUGCCCUAUAUUGAUAUUAAAAUAGAAUGUCUUGGAAUAGAGUAAUAGAUCACCCAAAAUUUGCAUGGGGCCAGAAGAUUUGGAAAAUAACGCACAGGGUGUUCCAAACUUCUCAUGUUAGGACCCACAGAGAUACAACCACAAGACCCACCAAAAACACUUUGAAGUGAAAUGUGACAAAAAGGAUAACAAAUCCUUUUUUGGUCUGUCUCUGUUUUAUUUUCCUUGUCAUACUUCAUUGGGUCAGCCUACUUAUCCAUUUGCAUUAUCAUGAGGAUAUGUUAAGCUAAAAAUGAGAAGAAGAAAAAUACAUGAAUUUGAAGUAAAGGAUACAAAUUAAGAUACAUACAAUAUAUAGCUAUGAAAUUAAAAUAAUUUAUAGAUGGACAAUAUAUUAUUGCUUUCUUGAUGGCACAUCAAGUAAGUGCAGGCUAAUGGCUUUUUUUAAAUAAACAAUACACUGGCUUUAAACUUAAAAUUAUGUGAGUGAGUCAUCUGUUGAUUCAGUAGAUGCUCUGAAUGAUUCAGUACAGUUCAUUCAAGUGAAGUAUUCGUCAGAAAGAUUCAUCAGAGGUUUAAACGACAACGAUAUACCAAAAAUGCUAAUGUUUUUCCAUUGCUUUUGCAAAGGUUAGUGUACAGACAGCAACGCUUUCAAAACGAUCCCUGUUCACACAGAUCCUCGCAAACAACUACAUUUUCUGUUUUGUAUGCCAGGCCAGUAGUUGGCGCUGUCACUAUUUAAAGAAGCACUAAAGGCCCGCUCACACCAAGAACGAUAGCUAUAAGGAUAACUAUAAAGAUAACGAUAUUAAGCGUCCACACCAGUGAACAAUAUUGUCUGUGUAUUCUAAGCGGAAUGCUUUUAACUUCUCGAGCUCAUUACAGCAGGAUUGAUUCUGAUUGGUUGGCAAUGUUUUUAUCAUUCAUCAGAAAAAAAAAUGUUCUGAAAGUGAUUCCAACGAUAUCGUUUCUCUGUGCCGUUAUCGUUAUAGUUGCGGUGUGGACUCCGCUAUUCUUUAAUAUUGAGAACAAUUUUUAGAACUAUAUCUUUAUUGUUAGCUUUAUAGUUAGCGUGCUUGGUGUGAACGGCCCUUUAGCCUGCUCACAUAAUGAGUGUAGUUUAAACGACCAAAUAACAUGAAACGUUUUCCACUUUUAGUUGAAAAUGGUGUCAUGUAAACACCCCCUGAUUCAAUCCAGUGGCUGCAUCCGAAACGGCAUACUCUCUGAGCAGGUACUUCAAUCUUUGAGUGAAUGAGCUACUUAUCACCUUGUGGUAACCGAGAUUAAAGUUUGAAUUUAAAACGGAACAUUCCAACUUUCAAAAGCUAACUGUAACAGUUGUGGAUUACUGUAGGUUCAGUAGCUGUGUGGUUCGUUCCACACCUUCCACGAGGAGUUGGUGGCACCUUACUGUACAUGUCAGUCUCUGGUGUUGAUGUUCCCUCUUCUAAUGAGAGUCCUUCUGUGACACAGCCUCUGCCAAAGUCUUCACACCUCUCCUCGACAUCUCCACUAGUUCCCCUCAGGAUCCCACUAAUGACAGGAAAUACAAGACUGCACGCAGCAAGCGGUCAGAUGGUUAUCAAAUACUCUCUGCACAUUUAAAGUUGUCAUGGUGUGUUUGCCAAGAAAACUGCAACAGACUGUAACAGUAAUUCCCAGAAAGAGUUCACACCACACAUUCAUGCCAAAACUGAAAAGCAGUGUGUUUUGACACAUCCGGGACAAGUUGAAAAUGACAUUACUUUUAUAGUUAUUAAGGGCGACAAAUCAUGGGCGUUUCUUACUCUUUUGAAAUAAAAAUGUUUGAUGUAGAAAACUUUGUCAUGAAAUACUCACAAAGCAAGGUUUUCUUCCUAGUCCAUUCGUACCGUUUAUGGAAAUUAAGCUGUUAAAAAGGGUCAUUCAUAAUAAAUCAUAAUCAUCACAAUUAUGAAGUCACAACCAUGACCGUGUUAACAUUACCAUUAAUAUUUACUUCAUCACAUUUUGUAUUCAGCAACAUGGCUCACAAUAUUAAAGGGAUAGUUCAUGUGAAAAUGAAGAUUUGGCCAUCAUUUAAUCAAUUCAUUUACAUUUACCGUCAGUGUUGAGGGAAACGCAUUACAAGUAAUCUGAGUUAUGUAAUCAGAUUACUUUUUUCAAGGAACUAGUAAAGUAACGCAUUCAUUUAAAAGAAAAUAUCUUAAAUAACUUUUUCAAAACAGCAACCUCAGUUACUUUGUUUUCACAUUUAUUGACUGACAAAUCUCCUGUCCCCAAAUUGGGAGAAAUCAGAGGUACAGAAGUGUUGUGUGCACUGUGUAAACAUGAUGUAGUUCAAGACUGAAUGUGAAUGUGCAUUCAUUCUUCCCACUCGCAAAAAAAAAAAAAAGAAAGAAAGAAUUAGUAUUAAUCAAAAUGAAUUAAAACAGUAAAACAAAAACUCAGAAUAAGUUGCAAACCUGCAAUAAUUAAAUAUGUUAACACAAAUGUAUCUAAUCCCAUUUUAUUAACUAAUUUCUUUGCUGCUGACCUUUGAUGAUCCAGUUCAACCAUACUAAU